UCAACCCUCCCGCGUCACAAAUUGGCCAUCUUUUAAACUAAGAUCCGCCCUCUCUCUCUCUCUACAAUCUCAGACACAGAGAGCGAGAAUGUUCAGGAGGAUCAGAACGUCGUCUUAGGUAUAUCUCUUUUUCCCUCUCACUCAUGAACAUUUGUCUCUCUAGUUGCACAGCAAGGAAGAUUCUCUCUCUUUUCGUUACUGUCCUAAAUUCUCCCUCUUCGGAACCUUGUUUUGUCCAUGCUUUGGUUUAAUUUCGAAUCUUGGUGCAUAUUUCUGAAAUUUACGCUUCAUGUUAACACACAUCCAUUGGAUGAUUUGAGAGUAUUUGCUGAUUUUUGGAUUUGGGGAUGAAAAAUUGUAGAAUCCCCUGUUUUCUCUUGUCGAAGCGCCUGGUAUAUUUUCAGUUUACACAGCGAUAUCACAUCUCUCUCCCAAUUUUCAUAGUUGCAGAAGGUCUGGUGUUGUAAUUAUGUCAUAAGAAAGUGUUAUUCAAAAUUUGCUGCAAAAAGAGGGGCCAGUUGUUUCUUUUCUUUUUUCCUUUAGUCCAAUUGAUCCGAGAGAAAGCUGAGAAUAAAGAGAGAUGUCCAUUUUCAAUCCUCCUGCGUCACGCAUUGACCCUCUUUUAAACUAAGAUCCGCCCUCUCUCUCUCUACAAUCUUAGACACAGAGAGCGAGAAUGUUCGGGAGGAUCAGAGCGUCGUCUUCGUCGCCGGAGAGCUUGGAGAGGCCGCCUUCCAAGAUUUUCAAAGACGAUCCUCUCUCCAUCUACGAAGCCACACUCAUGAAGCUUAAAUUAGGUUCUCAACGCGAGCUAAGUACACCCUCACAGCAGGCAGGGCAGAUAGAAAUUGAUUCUGCUUGUGCUGGGGUUAUGGAGAUAAAGUCGCAUUGUUCUUCUGCUACUACUUCAAAAAAUUCUCAAGACAUUGUAAUCUCUUCCCACGAAGAGGUAAUGGCGAUAGAUGCAGAGUCUUCUUCUGGAAGUGGUUCACCAGGUUUGAUUGAUUCUCAUUCUCCGGGCGGCACGAAACAGCGACGGAACGGCAAUGUCUCUCUUCUUUGCCUCUUUUCUAAGUUCAAGAAUUCUUGUCAGGCUGUAAGCGCACCCUGUGAUGAAGCAAUGGCAAUAGAGGAUGCUUGUUCUGCUAGAAUUUCAACAAGUUCAAGUGACUGCCAAUCACUGGGUAGCAUGGAACUGCAGAUGGAUCAGCAAUGUGUCAGCUCGUUACCUCUUUGUCAAAUGUAAAAUCUGAACUGGAGUUCUGGUCAAAUUAGAUUGUUGCCUGCUGGGGCGCUUAAUUUGAGCUUGAUUUUGCUGUUCUGUACUUCGAAACCCAACUUGGGUUUGUGAGAUAGGUGAUUGGUUCAAGAUAGUUGGAUUGGCAAAUUGAAAUAAAUUCAUUCGGGAAGUUCAAAGAAAGAAAAGAAGAAACUGCAUGGGCCCGAGAAUUAUGAACUAUGAUCAGAAAUUUUCCAAAACCUUCUUCAGCAAAAGUUUCAGAUUUAACAUUGAAUAUUCCAUUUACUGUUCAAAAUCACCAAAAAAAAAAAAAAAAAAGGGGGAGAAGAAUUUGG